GAAGGGAAAUGGCAACACGAAUAGCAAGCACGGUGGGGAGACCAUAUAGAUCAUGGUCCUGUUGUAGUCGUGUCGGUUUGUUAGCAGCAGUGAAAGGGUCUUCCUGGAGGAAGUUCAGCAGCACGGUGCAGCAGAACUCCAAACCUCUCACUGUGUGUGUGCAGGAGGAGGGCAUAAGGAGGAUAAUACUAAAUAAUCCAGAAAAGAGGAAUGCCCUAUCACUUGCCAUGCUUCAGUCGCUCCAGAAGGACCUUCUGCAAAAUGUUGAUGACGUGGGUUUGAGGGUUAUUGUGAUUGCAGCUGAAGGACCUGUCUUUUCUUCUGGACACAAUCUAAAAGAACUGACUGCGGAGUAUGGAAGAGAUUACCAAGCUGAAGUAUUUAACACCUGUUCCAAGCUCAUGACUUCAAUCCAAACUGUCCCUGUCCCAGUUAUUGCUCAGGUUAAUGGCCUUGCCACAGCCGCUGGGUGCCAGCUUGUAGCCAGCUGUGAUAUAGCUGUGGCUUCUGAUAAAUCCAGGUUUGCUACACCAGGUGUCAAUGUUGGACUCUUCUGCUCCACACCUGCCGUUGCCUUAGGAAGAGCUGUGCCAAGAAAGGUUGCGUUAGAAAUGCUCUUCACCGGUGAGCCAAUAUCUGCCCAUGAUGCAUUGGUUCACGGCCUCAUCAGCAAGGUAGUUCCAGAGGAGAACCUGGAAAAUGAGACCAUGAAAAUUGCUCGCAAAAUCUGUCAGGCAAGCCGCUCUGUGGUUGCCCUGGGAAAAGCUACUUUUUAUAGGCAAAUGGCACAAGGCCUUGAUGAAGCCUACAAACUAACAUCACAAGUGAUGGUGGAAAAUCUGGCAUUAAAGGACGGCCAAGAAGGAAUAGAAGCCUUUUCUCAGAAGAGAAAACCUGUGUGGACUAAUUGCCAUGGAAAAAGCAUACAAUAAUUGAUUUUGGAACACAAAUACUAUUUUUUCCCCAAUAACAAAACUUUUAUUUAAAUAUG